AUGUUGGAACCAAGUACUAAAACGACAAAAUUUAAUAGGCAUCAUACAGAGGCCACAGCCAUGUAUGUGUUCACAGCUGAGAAGGCUGGUAUGAAGAGCGUAGAUAAGCAGCACGUGCAAGAGGUGGUGCACAAGAUGUCGAAAGACUCAAAAUUUUACCAAAAAUCGGUACGCGAUAGCGCCAAAGUGGAACAACGCGUUGCAGCAAUGCGUGAGAAACUUUCUUGCCUGUCAGAUGGACACUUAUUGCGCUUACAAAAUGAGGCUGAUGCUCAAGUGGCACGAUUGGAAACGAUGCGGGAUCUCUCGCGUACAAUUGUUGUUGUAGACAUGGACAUGUUUUACGCUGCUGUCGAAAUGCGAGACGAUCCCACACUACGCAACGUGCCACUCGCAGUUGGUGGCCUUGGUAUGAUCAGCACAGCUAACUAUGCAGCUAGGCAGUUUGGUGUACGUGCUGCCAUGCCUGGCUUCAUUGGCAAGGAAUUGUGUCCAAAGCUUCAGUUUGUGCCGGUUAACAUGGCAAAGUACGCAGGUGUGGCUGCUCAGAUUCGUACUGUGUUUGCAGCUUACGAUCCAGACUUUGAAGCUCAUAGUUUAGAUGAAGCAUGCCUUGAUAUUACAAAUUAUAUAGCAACAAAUUGGGAAAAAUAUGUGUCAGUCGCACUUGGGGAUAAGGAAGGCAAGGACGGGGAGUGGGCUUCGACGGUCGAAGGUCGAGCAGCGAUUGCCGCGGCGGUUGUCCAAGAGCUACGUCAGAAAAUCUUCGACCUUACACAGUUGACUGCUAGUGCUGGAAUUGCAGCGAAUGCUAUGCUAGCGAAGAUUUGCUCUGAUUUGAACAAACCCAACGGACAGUACGUACUACCGUUCACUCAUAGAGACGUCAUGGGUUUCGUGCGUGAGCUUUCUGUGCGCAAAAUCGGUGGCAUUGGCAAAGUUAUGGAAAAAAUUCUCAACGAGGCCUUGGAUAUUCACACAGGCGCAGAUUUAUUCUCUCAGCGGGCGAAACUUCUGUAUCUUUUUUCGGUAAAAACUUCUCUUUGGUUGCUGCAAAUAUCGUUAGGGAUACAAGAACGUCUUGGGAAACAAGAGCGCAAAAGCUUCAGUCGAGAACGAACAUUCAAAAGCCUGAGCGAUCCUACACAACUUGAAGCCAAGUGUCUAGAAAUAUGUCAAAUGCUGGCGAACGAUCUGGAAAAGGUGAACAUGGGUGCUAGAACCGUGACGUUUGUGUACAAGGACACCAAAUUUGCUCGCUGUUCAAGGUCGGUGUCGCUAGCAUCUGCAGUUUUUAGUGCAGACGACUUGUUUUCGAAUGCUGUUGAGCUAUUACGCCGUGAGUUGCCGCUCACACUACGUCUAAUGGGUGUGCGUGCAGCAGUGUUAGUAUCUCGCUCUAAAUCUGCUUCCCCGUCAGCCGUUCAAAUUUUACCGAGCAACAAGCGGCAAGUUACGAUCAACAAGUUUGCCAAGCGCUUAUCAGACCCCGUUACUGCUGAACUUUGUGGUGUAUUACAGAGAAAGUCAGGAUGCCUUGCGCUGUGCAACAAGAGAGAUAUGACAAUGCACAGAGAUCGGCCUCCAGCACAUUUUGAAUACGACACCAUUCAGGAAAAGCGUGACGUGUUGGAAAUGUCAAGUAAUUCGCAUCUAAUGCGCAAAAAGCUGAAGAAAACUGUUUCUGAUAGUUUGUAUGCAAAAAAGUUGUCUGGAGUCGACAUCAAGCCGUGUCCGAUAUGUAAGAAGCCGCUGAACACGCUGAACAAUGCGGAGGUGAAUGCUCAUAUUGAUGCAUGCAUUGGUUUGAAGAAGUCAUCAUCAUUGGCAUCGAAUGCAGCUAUUAAGAAAAAGACAAACAUCAUUGCCACUCCAUCAGCAUUCACCCCUACACACACUCUUUCACAUAGCGCCGAACAAAAUAUGAGGCCUUGUCCAAUUUGUGGCAAAUUUCUGAACGUUUGUAAUAACAUGGAGGUGAACUCUCACAUGGAUGCCUGUGUGAUUAGGGAGGGGAAGCAUUUGAGGAAUGAUGUUCUGAAAAAGACAAGAAAAUAG